CGCCGUUUGCCCGUUACAGGUCUUUUUCUGUGUCUUAAAAUUAGCACUUAACUGGCAAAGGCGGGGUUACUGCCUUCAACUGCCACUGUGUUGUAACCGCCGCCCUGCCCGCAGCACUGCCUGGCUAAUGAAUAUUCAUAUAUUGCCUAACUAUGUUGUCUCAAACUGCCUACACCCUUACUUCAGCGCUGCUCUGUACGAAUGAAGCAGCGCUGAAGAGCGCUUCCGGGUGUAGUGAGAAAUCCCGCACAUGUGCAGUAGCGUCCGGGACUCGGCCGAUAUGAGACAACAUAGUAAGGCAAUAUAUGAAUAUUCAUUAGCCGGGCGGUGCUGCGGGCAGGGCGGCGGUUACAACACAGUGGCAGUUGAAGGCAGUAACCCCGCCUUUGCCAGUUAAGUGCUAAUUUUAAUACACAGAAAAAGACCUGUAACGGGCAAACGGCGCAGCGGAUCCGGGCAAGUGACCUUCUAAGAUGUGAGCGUGACUUCCUCUUCUAGUCUCUUCCUCUUGCUUCAUAAGAAACAGAAAUAUUGAUACUUGAAGAACACGAAGAAGAAGCUUCCUGCAGAUUCUGCUCAGUCUCAUACAUCGUCCGUCGUCCUCCACCAUCUACAAUGAGACUUUCCAUCCUGAUCUUCUGUCUCUUCCAUGGGACUUGUUGGACAUCAAAUCAUUAUUGUAUUUACCAACCAAAAACCGUCCAUGUGAAGGAAGGAGAUUCAGUCACCAUCCCAUGUACAUACACCUAUCCUGAGCGCUACGGAGGGGAGUCACAGAUUAUUAUAUAUUGGGGAGAGAGUAAUGGAUCUUACUGUUCUUAUAUGAAGAAAAAUAUCACAGAUAAUUCUGGGAAUGUUGUAGAUGAGUAUAAAGAGCGGAUCUCUAGAGUAACCCAUCCUGAUCACCGGACAGAGUCUCUCAUAAUCCGAGGACUGAAAUAUACAGAUGGAGACAGGUUCUGCUGUACAGCGACUAUGUAUAGGACUGUAGGUGAUCCAUACAUCUGGUCUGACUUUUUUGGGACCUCUCUCAUUUUUGAAGAUGGGGACAAGUUAUAUCAGGUGGAGGAGUUGAUGGCCGUCCCAGGAGAAGAGAUGGUCAUUCCCUGUAACUACUCACAGGAGACCCUGGGGGAAGCCACACAAGUCACAUGGUAUAGAGGAGAUCAUGAACUAUGUGCUGAUAACGAGAAAGAUACAACAAUUUACAACUGGGACUCCACACACCCAGGAGCUGUAUAUCCAUAUUCACUGGUGAACCCCCCUCUAGACAUCUCUCUGCGUAUACACAGGGUACAGGGUAAUGAAUAUCGCCAUUAUUGUUGUCGUGUGAUCACCCGUAAAGGAGUAAUAGAAAGAGGAUAUGGGACAGAGCUGAUCAUUACAGACUACCAAUCCUCAGCAUUCAAUGUUACCCAGCCAUAUACCAUCACAGGACAUAGAGGAGAGUCUGUGGCACUAAGCUGCUCCUACACAUCAUUUAUGGAGAGGGAUGUCCUGGGGGUCACUAUUUACUGGAGAUUGGGCAACCUAAGCGGACCUUAUGUCUACCACCACUACAAAGAGAUGGUUCAUCCCGGUUAUAGAGGAAGAACGGGAAUACAAGGAGCAGCAGAUCUCCACAUACAGGGGGUGAAGAUGUCAGAUGACUCCAUGUAUUACUGCUUUGUGAUCAUCAGAUUGUGUACUGGAUUUAAGAAAUAUGAAAAAGAAAUCCAGUAUGGAGGAGGGACCCGAUUCAUUGUGACAGAUAAACAGAGCCUUGUGUUAAUUGGUUCCAUCUCUGGUGCAGUCCUGUUGCUUCUCCUGUGUGUGAUCAUAUUGAUCCUUAAGACAACAGGCGUAAUUUGUAAAAAGAAAACUGUGCCUGAUGUAAUGGAAACUUCUGAUAGUCAACUAAAGGUGACAUUUACUUUAGAAGAAAAACCUUAUUGUGAGAUCUCAACAAAGAACACAGAACAUGAUGAAGAAGCAGAGAGUAAGGAAGGAAAAAUAGAUAAGAAGAGGAUGAAGAGUGAAAAAGAUGAUGAAGAGAGGGAGAACAUUCUCUAUUCAGAACUAAACAAAACCAAACUGCAACAAAGAAGCCCAUCUCCGUACCAAAGACCGGAAGAAGACACUGUCUAUACCACUGUCAGAGGUAGAAAUGUGUGAUACAGCGGAUAGUACUUCUAAAAUAAGGAACUCUCCAACUCUGUAUAACCGCAUCUCUAUUCCAUUAUUUUUAUAAGUUAAGGCCAACGUGUUUCGGAUGUCUCAUACUUACUCAUGACUGUAUGUUAAUUUUAGAUGUGCAUAGAGAAAGUGCACACAACAUUCUGAAUUAAUAUUUCAAUUCAUGACCCCCUAGGUCCCAAGGACUGUAUACACGUGCAUGGCUCCAAGGAUUGUAUACAUGUACAUGAUCCCAAGGAUUGUAUACACAUACAUGGUCCCAAGGAUUGUAUACAUGUACAUGGUCUCUA